AUGGAGCAUCCGAAUGAGGUGAGUGAUAUGGCAAAAUUAAACGUGUCACUAUACCGUACGAUACUUCUUGUGGUGACUACAGGAGGAUUCACCCACGCUGCACCUGUACUUGAAUUGGGGAGGGUACUCGCCGAACGUGGUCACAAAAUCGAAUUCGCAACCUUCGACGGCCAGGAGACAUGGGUUGAAGCUGACGGCUAUGAGUUCGUCAACAGGGUUCAUCUCCUAGGCUCCAAUCCACCUGCAGAUCAGAUAGAUGCCCACUACCGACGCAUGCAGGUCUGGGAUGUUCGUAAGGGCAUCGAGCCGCCACUCAUAUCUAAGGCUAUGUGGGACACUACCUGGCCACAGACAUAUCAUGGCCUGAAGGAGAUCAUGGACAACCCUGUCACCCGCCCGGACAUGAUUAUCGCCGAUUUCUUCGCGGAAGCUGCUCUUGAUAUGCACGUCGAAUAUAACUUGCCAAUUGCCAUCAUGGCUCCUAACUGGCCGCCUCUUCAACUGCCUUGCGCGUAUAUACCUGGCGAGCCCGGAUUUCAACUUCCAGGAACCAUGACUUCUGAGAAUUCUUCGUUAUGGCUACGGAUCAAAAAUGAAACGAUGGUAUGGAGGAAUUUACCCGCGAUCAUGAGGUUUUUCAGAGGGACUCGAAAGAUGCGCCGUGAGAAUGGUGUCUUCUAUCCAGUUCGCAAACCCAAAAAACCGGACUAUCUGCUCUUCGUGAACUCCUUCGUGGGGUUAGAAAUACCGCGAGACCUACCUCCAACCUGUGCACCAGUUGGACCAUUGCUAAGUCCUACUUGGCCUGCUCUGGGUCGCAAAUACGUCGAGUUCUUUGAAACACACAACUCCGUUCUUUACAUCGCUCUCGGUACACAUAUAAUUUUGCCCCAUAAUGAUUUCGUCAUCAUAGUGAGGGGAGUAAUUUCUAUGAUGCAAGAGCAAUUGAUCGACGGCGUGAUAUGGUCUAUUCCAGAAAGUGGCCGCAAAGACAUCGACAAAAACAAGAAGGUAUCCUUCGAGGUCGGUAACAAAGCAACCGUACUCAUUCUAGCAGACCUGUUAGCCAAUCGAAAUGAAGACUGGUACUUCCCGCACUUUGCUCCCCAGCGCGCGAUUCUCGACCAUCCAAAAACGAAACUCUAUUUCACGCAUGGUGGUGGCUCCAGUGCUAACGAGGCGGUCUUUCAUGGGAAACCAAUGAUUUGCAUGGGGAUAUUCUUCGACCAGACCGCCAAUUCAACUCGGCUUGUGGCCGCUGGAGUUGCUGAAAGUCUCGAUAAAAUGAAUUUCUCGUCCCAUGAGCUUUAUUCGAAAGCUAUGAAGAUUUUUGAAUCUGGCGAGCAUGGAUCAUACGCUCGCAACGUCUUGCGGCUACAACGAAUUGCACAUGUGGCUUCACGACGCAAGUAUUAUGCUGCAGACUUGAUUGAGGAACAUAUUUAUGACCAUGAGUUGCGGUUCGAUAAGAAAGGGAAAGAAAUACUUCCUAUGCAUCUCCAAACUGCGGACUCUCGAAUGUCGGGUUUCAAGGUCAAUAAUUUGGAUCUCUGGGGCGUGCUUUUAGUGGGUUCAGCUGCCACUGUAGGACUUGCAUGGCUUGCUGGUAAAUGCAUCUGGCAAAUUCGCAAUUCAUUUAUUUCCACGAAUUAUUGA